AUGUUUAAAAAGCAACCUAAGAGGCUAAAUCUUUAUAAGAAUGCCAUUGACCAGGCCUUACAGAGUCCAAAUGGACACCUGGACUUGUUCCUCCGUUUCCUCCUGGGACUUUCACUGCAGACCAAUCAGAGACUCCUACAAGUGGAGGAGAUCCAACAGUCUCUGAGUUCAGGAAGUCUCUCCACAGACAAACUGUCUCCUGCUCAGUGGUCAGCUCUGAUCUUCAUCUUACUGUCGUCAGGAAAAGAUCUGGAUGAGUUUGAUCUGAAGAAAUAUUCUGCUUCAGAGGAGGUUCUUCUGAGUCUGCUGCCAGUGGUUAAAGCCUCCAGCAAAGCUCUGGAGAGUCCAAACUGCAACCUGGAAACUCUCAUCUUGUCAGGCUGUCUGAUCUCAGAGGAAGGCUGUGCUUCUCUGGCCUCAGCUCUGACCUUUAAYCCCUCCCAUCUGAAAGAGUUGGACCUGAGCUACAAUCAUCCAGGAGACUCAGGAGUGAAGCUGCUGUCGGCUGGACUGAAAGAUCCAAACUGGAGACUGGAAACUCUCAGGGUGGAGCCUGCUGGAGUCCGAUGGUUGACACCAGGUCUGAGGAAGUAUUCCUGUCAACUCACCGUCGACACAAACACAGUGAACAGAAAUCUCAAACUGUCUGAAAGCAACAAGAAGGUGAUACAUGUGGAGGAGCUCCAGUCAUAUCCUGAUCAUCCAGACAGAUUUGAUUACAGGCAUCCUCAGCUGCUCUGUGGAACUGGUCUGACUGGUCGGUGUUACUGGGAGGUCGAGUGGAGAGGAGUUGUUUAUUUAUCAGUGAGUUAUAGAGGAAUCAAGAGGAGAGGAGGCAGCGAAGACUGUAUGUUUGGAGGAAAUGAUAAGUCCUGGAGUCUGAGAUGCUCUGAUCAUCAUGGCUACUCUGUGUGGCACAAUAACAUAAAAGCACCCGUAUCCUCCUCCUCCUCUGUCUCUAACAGAGUAUCAGUGUAUGUGGACUGUCCUGCUGGCAUUCUGUCCUUCUACAGUGUCUCCUCUGACUCUCUGAUCCACCUCCACACCUUCAACACCACAUUCACUGAACCUCUGAUUCCUGGAUUUAGAGUUUGGUUUUCUGGUUCCUCUGUGUCUCUGUGCUGAGUUGAGUCUCCUCCUCUCAGAGAAACUUUCACUUUUUAAUGGAUAGUUCAUGUCUGUGUAUUUUACUCAGAAACACAUUUUUAGGUUCAUGAAUUCAAUCUGUUUCUUGAAGGAUUUUUAUGAAAUGUCUUCCUCUUCCAGUCCUAAAUUUGGAUUAUUCCAGAAUCCACAUAAUUUUUGUCCAAAUCCAGUAAACAUUUCACACAGAUUAUCAGAAUGUUGAUGAUCUCUUGGUUUUAUCCAUUCAUUCAUGAGUUGCAUUUUAUUUAAAUGUUAUGUUAUCUGUUUAUUCUUUUCUAA